AUGGCGGGGCUGGGGGCGCUCUGGCUGCUGGCGGCCGCGCUGGGGGCGGCGGGGGGGCACCCGCAGCCCUGCCGCGUCCCGGCCCGCGCCGGCCCCGCCGUGCGCCUGGGAGCGCUGCUGCCUCCCGCAGCCCCCGGCCGCGUCCGCGCCGCCUUGGCCGGGGCCGCCGCGGGGCCGGGGGGGGCCGGGGGGGCGGCGCUGCCCCCCAACCGCAGCCUGGAGCUGGUGGCGGGCGCCCCGGCGGCGCGGGACCCCGGCUCGCUGGCGCGGUGGCUCUGCGGGGCGCUGGGGGGGCGCGGGGUGGCCGCCGUCCUGGCCGUGCCCCGCUCCCGCCGCGAGCUGCUCCAGCUCGACUUCCUCGCCGCCGCCCUGCGGGUCCCCUUCGUCAGCGUCCUCGACACCCGCGGCCCGCUGCCCUUCCGCCCGCAGAGCCCCUUCCACUUCCACAUGGACCGGCAGAGCUCGCUGGAGACGCUGGUGGAGGUGCUGGCGAGCAUCCUGCAGGCCAACGAAUGGCACGAGACCAGCCUGGUGCUCUGCCACCCCUGGGACGUCUCCGGCUUCCUCGGCCUCUGGGCCCGCCGCACCCAGCUCCUCCUCCGCGCCGUGCUGGACCUCGGCUACCUGGAUGAGCCCAGGGCCUCCCGCUACCUCCGGCAGCACGGGGAGCGCCUCAAGGCUCUCUCCAGCCCCGUGCUGGUGCUGGGCUGCGACCUGCGGCGCGCCCGGCUGCUCUUCAGGGUGGUCGAACAGUCGGGGCUGCUGCUGCAGGAGUUCCACUGGAUUCUGGGCUCCCCGCUCCGCGCUGGCGAGCUGCAGACUGAGGGGCUGCCCCUGGGGCUGCUGGCCUUUGGGGAGGUGGGCCGGCCCCCGCUGGAGCCGUUCGUGCAGGACGCGGUGGAGCUGGUGUCCCGCGCCAUCGCCAGUGCCACCGCCGUCCGCCCCGACCUCACGCUCGUCCCCACCACGGUGAAUUGCGACGACAGGCUCAGGGAGGGCGCUGAGUCCUCGGGGCGCUUCCUCUCCAGGUUCAUGUCCAACACGUCCUUCCACGGCCGGACAGGACACGUGCAGGUGCAGAACGGGACGCGGGUGCACACGGAGCACCAGUACCGCGUCUGGAGCCUUCUGCGGGACUCGCUGGGGCAGCCGACGUGGGUGACGAUGGGCGCCUGGCGGCACGGCAAGCUGGAGCUGGAGGAGGGCGCCUGGCAGAGCCACCUCCAGCGCAAGAGCUUGGCCGAGGGGGCUGGCGGCGCCCGCGUGAAGCUGCGGGUGGUGACGCUGGUGGAGCAUCCCUUCGUCUUCACGCGGGAGGUGGACGAGGAUGGGAGCUGCCCGGCCGGGCAGCUCUGCCUGGACCCUGGCACCAACGACUCAGCCGUGCUGGAUGCCCUCUUCGAGGGGCUUGGUGCUGGGAACGGCUCGGUGCCGCGGGAGUACAAAAAGUGCUGCUACGGGUACUGCAUCGACCUGCUGGAGAAGCUGGCCGAGGACGUGCCCUUCGACUUCGAGCUCUACAUCGUGGGCGAUGGGAAAUACGGGGCCUGGAAGAACGGGCGCUGGACGGGGCUGGUGGGGGACCUGCUCAGCGGCACAGCCCACAUGGCCGUCACCUCCUUCAGCAUCAACUCGGCGCGGAGCAAAGUCAUCGACUUCACCAGCCCCUUCUUCUCCACGAGCCUGGGCAUCCUGGUGAGGACCAAGGACACAGCGUCGCCUAUCGGGGCCUUCAUGUGGCCCUUGCACUGGACCAUGUGGGUGGGCAUCUUCGUGGCCCUGCACAUGACCGCACUCUUCCUCACCCUUUACGAGUGGAAGAGCCCCUACGGCAUGACCCCCCACGGCCGCAACCGCAUGAAGAUCUUCUCCUACUCCUCAGCCCUCAACCUCUGCUACGCCAUCCUCUUUGGGCGCACCGUCUCCAGCAAGACGCCCAAGUGCUGCACCGGCCGCUUCCUCAUGAACCUCUGGGCCAUCUUCUGCCUCCUGGUGCUCUCCAGCUACACGGCCAACCUGGCGGCCGUCAUGGUGGGGGAGAAGACCUUUGAGGAGCUCUCGGGCAUCCACGACCCCAAGCUGCAUCACCCCUCGCAGGGCUUCCGCUUCGGCACGGUGUGGGAGAGCAGCGCUGAGGAGUACAUCAAGAAGAGCUUCCCCGAGAUGCACGAGUACAUGCGGCGCUACAACGUCCCCACCACCCCCACUGGCGUCACCAUGCUCAAGACGGAGCCCCCCAAGCUCAACGCCUUCAUCAUGGACAAGUCCCUGCUGGACUAUGAGGUCUCCAUCGACUCCGACUGCAAACUGCUCACCGUGGGCAAGCCCUUCGCCAUCGAAGGCUACGGCAUCGGCCUCCCGCAGAACUCGCCGCUGACCUCCAACCUCUCCGAGUUCAUCAGCCGCUACAAGUCAGCCGGCUUCAUCGACCUCCUGCACGACAAGUGGUACAAGAUGGUGCCCUGCGGCAAGCGCGUCUUCGCCGUCACCGAGACCCUGCAGAUGGGCAUCUACCACUUCUCGGGGCUCUUCGUGCUGCUCUGCAUCGGGCUCAGCGGCUCCCUGCUCACCUCGCUGGGCGAGCACGUCUUCUACCGCCUCGUCCUGCCCCGCAUCAAGCGGAAGAAGAAAUUCAACUACUGGCUGCACACCAGCCAGAAAAUCCACCGGGCUCUGAACACGGGCGUGGAGGAGCAGAAAGGCCAGAAGCUGAGCUUGGCGCAGAGGUGCGACCCCCAGCAGAGCCCCGGGGUGCAGCCCUGGCCCAAGCUGCGGCAGGAGGGGCGCCGGGUGCGCUUCCAGGUGGAUGCGGCCACCCCCGAGGGCGAGGGGACCCCGGGGCCCCGGGGGAACGGGCCGGUGCAGGGUGCUGGGGCCGAGCUGCGGGAGCUGGAGGAGAAGAUCGAGGCGAUGCGGGAGCAGCUGCGUGCGGCACUGGUGAGGAAGAGCGAGCUCGUGGCUGCCAUGGGCACGGCCAGGAGCAGCCGGGCACCGGCCUCGGAGCAGCCCCAGGAGGAGAGGCAGGCGCCGGCCCCGCCGCAGCAGAGCAGUGCCUAG